AUGGCAGUGAAACACGCAACCAGGCCAAGAUCUAAGGUCUCGAAGGCCUGUGACAAUUGUCGUAGAAGGAAAAUUAAAUGUAGUGGGGAAAGACCCUGUGCAGGAUGUAAGACUUAUAACUGUGAAUGUAUAUUUUCCGUUUCAGCACCUACUCCAAGAGCCUCAAAAGUGAAAAAAAACAAAAUAGCUGGUAUUGUUAAUCAUUCUCCAAAAAAUGGAUCGAUAUCGCCAACCACAGGUAAUAAUCCAAAUAGUAACAACAUACUGACAGAUGAUAGCAUUUCCAAUAAUGAUUCUCUAUUAUCGCCAGUAUCUGCUUCAUCAAAGAAUAGUAAACUGAAUAAGAAUAGUAUAUCGACUCAUUCCAAGAAAAACCAUUCCUUAAUACAGCUUUCAAAUAAGAUCAUUAAUAGUAAUUCUGAUAUAAUAAACCAAGAUAUAAGUCUUUUAGAGUUGCCAGAUAUAACGUAUGUUCCUGAUAAACCAGGUAGUAUCUAUAAGGAUGAUCAUGAUUUACAAUUGAAAUUGAUUAAUUAUCAAAAGACAUUACUAUUGUUGUUAAACAAUUUAAAAAUAUCCAAUUCCAAUGGUAGUGCUAGUAAAAAGCAAAUCAUUAACUCCAUUUUAAACAUGAAUAAUCAAAUAAAAGAUUUGAUAAAUAAUUAUAAACCAAUAAUUGACCCUGAUAAAGUCAAAUUCUAUACAAACACCAUCAAUUCAAAUGAUCUUUCGAUAGAAUAUCAUUAUAUGAGAAAUAAAUACACAAGCAAGAUUUUUUUAAAUACAAUUACUGAAUGGAAUGAUAAUAAUAAAACCGUCAGCAAUGAUUCAUUUUCUAAACAAUCGAUGAAUAAUGGUUGUGCCUCCAUUAUUAAUCAUUCAUUGUGUCAAGAUAAAUUAGUAGAUGACAUAUUUGGUUUAUAUUCCCCCUGGAUGGGUAUCUCCCUACGAGGUAUAGGUUAUAACGUUUCCAAAUUCGUGAAUGAUUUGAAAUCAAAAUAUAAAGAAGAUUGGGGGAGAGUAAAUAGUGACAAGAUGAUCCCUUUAAAGGAAAGUGCAUAUCUACUGUUAAGAUUCUUCGAUAUUUGUAGAGAUUCCAUGGAUCAUUCCAUGAAAAGUAUGUCAUCUCCUUUAGAAUUGGGUUUGAUGAAGCAGAAAUUAUUAUCCAAUUUUAAUUCUACAAAUAAUAAUCAUUUAAAUCAUUCCACUUCUUCUUCAAUGGAAUCAUUAACGUCUUUAUUACAAAGUAAUAAUAAUAAUGAUAUUAGUAAUGUAAUAUUACAAUCAAAAGUAAAAGAAAGUAAUAAAGAAUUAUUAACUAACUUGGUUAAAUGCUUACCACAACCUUUCACUUAUAAUAUUACUUCCAUUUCAAAUGAUUUUUUAUUAUCCUUCUAUGAUAAUGAAUUAAAGAUGUUUUCCACAGUCUUGAAAAUGAUUUAUCAGGCUACUAAAAGUUUUAAUACUGUAUUAAGAAGAAUUACAGUAUUAAAUCCCAAUAAACAAGCUUCUACCGAUGAAAAUAAUAAAGAUAUAAUGGGUUAUAUAGUAUCAGAUAAUGAUAUUAAUACUAUUGCAAACUUAUGCCAAGUGGAAGAAAUAUUAUAUUCCUUAUGUGCAAAUUAUUAUAACUCCACUCUUUAUCAUUUAGAUGAUCAUUUUAAUACAAUAGAAUAUUUGGAAUUAUUAAUUGUCUUUUUAAAACAACAAUUAGUAGCAAGUGAGUUUUAUGGAUUUGAAAGAGUACUAGAUGUUGCAAUCAAUUAUGCUAUUCAAAUGGGAUUUUCUCGUUGGGAAUUUUAUGUGGGUCUACAGGAAUAUCAAGCAGAAAAGAGAAGACAAUUAUGGUGGAAAUUAUAUAUGAUUGAAAAAUUACAUUGCAUGAAGCGUGGUUUCCCAUCUGUAAUAAAUGAAGAUAAAAUAAAUUGUCUAUUACCGGAAAAAUUUAGAUUCUUGGGUUAUUUAGAUUCAAAUGAUUAUUUUAAUAAAAUAAAUAAUCCAAACUUUAAUAAUUUAUCUGAAAAUUUAUCGAAAUUAUCUUUAAGUGAUUUAAAAGAUUAUGGUAACUUGGGUUUAACAAUUAUUUUUAGCAAAUUUUCGAACAACAUUUUAUUUAAUAAUAAAUAUUCAUCUGUUAAAAAUUCAACAAAGCAUUCCUUCUUAAAAUUCAAUUUAUUGAAUCAAUUAUAUUCCGAAACUGAUGAAAUACUGAAAAAAUUAGAUAUGGUUAAAUUACAACUAAGGCCAAUUUUUGAUUUUGUAGAUAAUUACCCCAACAAUAAUUAUGAUGAAACUUAUUUGAAAAAUUAUAACAAUUCAAAUUCAAAUUUAGAUAAUGAUCAUUGUGAUGCUGAUAAUUUAAUUCAACAAUUAUUUUAUUUGGUACUCCAUUUCCAAUCCUUAAGAGCUCAUAUUCAAAAUUCAGCAAUGCAACUAUCUCAAAGAUUUCUGGUUCCUGAAACAAAAGACUUCUUAAAUAAGAAAUCUGGUCAAUAUUCCAAUGAAAUUUUUGACGCUUGGUCAAGCACUUUGCCAAAAUUACUAAUGGUUCCUGAUGAUUAUAGUGUUCAAAGGGCCAUAUAUUUUUUUAAUUUAAUUCAUAUCAUUACUCUAAAUACACAUUCUACAAGAACAAUUCCUUUAACAAUUGAAUCACUUGUUCAAUCAUUAAAAGUGUUUAAACGAAUAGAAAAAUUAACUUUAUUCUUCAAGAAUUGCAAUAAUAAAAUAAUCAUUAACUCAAAAAGACACAAUGACCUUUCGAAAUUUAUUCUAAUAGAUGCAAUUUUAACUCAUAUGUUAUGUUUCGAUUACAUUUGUACAAAUAAUUUAAAUAGAACUGAAUUGAUCCAAAAAAUUUCUGAAUAUGAUAGUGAGAUGGGCACCGUAACUUCAUACAUGUUAAAUCCAAAAUCUUAUAUAUUUACAAAAUUAAUGAAGCCAGUCCAAGAAACUGGGUUUCAUAUUAAUUUUAAAAAAUGGUUCGAAAUUUCGAAUUUUGAGCAAUCUUUGUUAUCAACAACUCCAAAUGGAAAUUUAUUUCCACAUUUCGCUAGUCAAAGAUCAGAUAGUGAACUUUUACUUUAUAAAUCAAAUACUUGUCCACUUUCAUUAUCUUCAAAUCCUUCUUCUGCUUCAAAAUCCAUUAAUUCUGCAACUAUUCCAAAAGUGGAUACAAGAAAUAAAACUAACCAUAAAUCCCCAUUGUCUCAAGAGGUCACCCAAGAUAUCAAUAAUCAUUCAGAGAUGAAUUCUUCCUCAACAGUAACAAGUUCUACAGAUUCUCAAAUGUCUCGAAGUGUUCAACCAACUCCUGGCUCAGAUAUUUCAAUGAAAUCAUUAGCACCCUGUUUGUCAAAGAAUAACACAACUAAUAGUCAACCAUACGACGCACAAAAUGUUGAUUUUAUACAAUAUAAUAAUUCUAAUACUAAUGCAGAUGGUAAUUUCUCUACUAAUAACAAUAGCAAUGAUAAAAAUUUGUCGAAAAAUGAAUUAAUUAACCCUACCAAUACUACUCUUACAGAUAAUGGUUAUAACAUAGGUACAUUUGAUGAAUUUGUAAACACUGGUGAUUUGGAUAGUUUACUAAGUAUGUUGUUAAGUGAUACAUCAGGGAAAUAA